GCAAAAGUCAUUGAUCGUCAACAUGUCGGAAAAAUUGGUACCAUUGUUGGGAGAGGAUCAGAAGGGAACUCCGCCAACAUAUGAAGCUGCAGCAGCACAGCAUGGAGCUCUGCCAACGAGAAAUGGUCCCCCGCCAUCCGGUGCCAAGCCUCUGCCUCGCGGCCCAUUUCCCCUGGAUAUUCCAGUUCUCAAUCAAUUGAAAGGAAAAAGAGUUAUUCUUGCAUCGGCGAGUCCGCGGAGGAAACAAUUAUUAGCUACUAUUGGCCUCGUAAACCUCGAAAUCCUUCCUUCCACUAAACCCGAAAACCUCUCAAAAGCAGACCUUGGCCCAUUCGAAUACGUCCUCCAAACCGCCGUACAAAAAUGUCUCGAUGUAUAUACUGUUGCGUUAGAGAAUUCCCUGGCCUCGAUACCAGACCCCUCCCUCGUUAUUUCGGCCGAUACGGUCAUCGUUACCAAUAGCGGGCAUAUCCUCGAGAAGCCACGGAGUGAGAAAGAUCAUAUCAGUAUGUUGAAGAUGUUGAGAGAUCAGAAAGUACAUAAGUGUUAUACGGCUGUUACGGCAUUGGCGCCGAGAGAAGAUGCGAGGGCUCCGGGGUAUAAUAUUGAGACGGCGGUGGAGGAGACGAGGGUUAUAUUUGCUGCUGAAGUUAGUGAUGAGUUGAUUGAGGCUUAUGUUAAGACUAGAGAGGGCGUUGAUAAAGCUGGAGGAUACGGAAUUCAAGGGAUGGGGAAUCUGCUGGUUGAGAGGAUUGAGGGGAGCUUUGAUAAUGUGGUUGGAUUGCCGGUGAGAGCAACGUUAGCGUUGAUUGAAAAGGUUGUUUUUAAUCAGGGCGAUGAUGCUGGUGAUGAGGACGAGGAAGAGGAUGAGUAGAUCAAGUAGGAAACGAGGUCUCAAUAUAGCAGGAGCUUCUGGGUUUUAAGAAUGGGAUCACUGAUGCAAUUGGCAUCCAAAAGCUCUCUGGGCCAAAAUUAUGCCUGGAACGACAUGCCGGUGGCAAUACUUUAGGCGAGAGGAGGCCGAAUUAAACUUUGAUACCGAUAGAAAUAAGAAAUGGAACGGUAUACAUACAAACAGGCCCAGACUUCAGAUUACAGUCUG